AUGUUCAGUUCUGGAUUUGGGUUCGGCGGCGGCGCCAGUCAGGGAGGAGGCUUUAGUGGAUUUGGUGGAUUUGGGAACCAGACUUCUAGUCAACCGAGUUUUGGAUUUGGAGGAGCAGCAACGACUGCUUCUAGCAGUGGCUUUGGCUUUGGAGCUAGCGGUAGUGGAGGAAUGUUUGGUCAGAGUAGUGGCUUUGGUGGACUUGGUUCAUCAUCGACUGCAUCGAAAAUGCUACCACAGUUGCCUGCCCAGGGAACAGCUCAACCUCCGUUUACCACUACUUCUGAGCGAGAUUCACAAUAUGGCGUAAUAAAUCUAUUCCAUACUAUUAGUGCAAUGCCCGCGUACAAGAACUUUACAUUCGAGGAACUACGUUUGCGAGAUUACGAGUUGGGUCGCAAACCAGCUACAAAUAAUUCAACCGCUUUUGGCGCAUCACAACCGAGUGGAUUUGGCGUUCCUCCAUCACAACCUGCUGCACCCUCAUUCGGAACACCAGCACCAACGUUUGGUGGUGGUGGCUUUGGUGGAUUUGGGCAAUCAACAAAGUCCACUGGAUUUGGAUAUGGAGCUUCGACAGGAUUAUUCAACACUCCAGCUGUAACACCAACGCCAACGCCGUUCGGAGCUGCAGCAACACCGACACCAGCAUUUGGCACGACAGCAACGCCGUUUGGUGGACAGACGCAAAAGUCAUUCGGUUUUGGAGCUGGAAAUGCGUUUGGGACCACACCUAGUGCAGGAGGGUUUGGAACAAGUAACCUGUUCGGCAAUACGAGUACAUCAUCAGUGUCUUUAUUUAAUAAAUCUACGUCGUCUACACCAUCCUUUGGCGGAUUCGGUCAGAGUUCCCAAUCUAGUAGUGGAUUUGGGUUUGGAAACACACAAACGUCAUCAACUCCCUCAUUGAGCUUUGGAUUCAACAAGCCUGCGACCACAUCUGCAUUUGGUGGAUUAUCAAGUUCAGUAGGUGGUUUUGGUGGUUCUUUCGGUGGUUUAACCUCCAGCAAACCAACUUUUCCAACCUUAAGCACACCAG